CGUGCCUCGCGCCUUGCGCCUCGAGCCACGUCCCCGCCCCGGCCCCGCGCGCCGCGGAGUUGGCUGCUGGGCGGCGCGGGCCUGGGUGUGGUCGGCGGAUCUCCGCGGCGCUGGGCUCCGCGGUGCACUGCGCUCUGCACGCCGGCUUCGCGCGCCAGGGGCGGCUGAGCGCCUAGCCGAUCUCCGCACCCCCAGUCCACGCGGGCCCCAGCUCCCUCUAGGGCUUUCAUUUGUUAAUUUCUGCCGUGAGGAAAUUCAAGGAUGAGUGAGCUGGAACAGCUGAGGCAGGAAGCUGAGCAGCUUCGGAAUCAGAUCCAGGAUGCUAGGAAAGCAUGUAAUGAUGCAACACUUGUUCAGAUCACGUCAAAUAUGGAUUCCGUGGGUCGAAUACAGAUGCGAACGAGACGUACGCUGAGGGGUCACCUAGCUAAAAUCUAUGCUAUGCACUGGGGAUACGAUUCAAGGCUACUAGUCAGUGCUUCCCAAGAUGGAAAAUUAAUUAUUUGGGAUAGCUAUACAACAAAUAAGAUGCAUGCUAUCCCUUUGAGGUCUUCCUGGGUGAUGACUUGUGCUUAUGCUCCCUCUGGUAAUUACGUUGCUUGUGGAGGGCUGGACAACAUCUGCUCUAUAUAUAACUUAAAAACCAGAGAGGGGAAUGUGAGAGUGAGCCGAGAGUUACCGGGUCACACAGGCUACUUGUCCUGCUGUCGGUUUUUAGAUGAUAGCCAAAUAGUUACAAGUUCAGGAGACACAACGUGUGCUUUAUGGGACAUUGAAACUGCCCAGCAGACCACUGCCUUCACUGGGCAUUCUGGAGAUGUGAUGAGUCUUUCUCUGAGUCCUGACAUGAGGACUUUUGUUUCUGGUGCUUGUGAUGCCUCUUCAAAAUUAUGGGAUAUUCGAGAUGGAAUGUGCAGACAGUCUUUCACUGGGCACGUGUCGGAUAUUAAUGCUGUCAGUUUUUUCCCAAAUGGAUAUGCCUUUGCCACUGGCUCUGAUGAUGCCACUUGCCGGCUCUUUGACCUUCGUGCAGACCAAGAGUUAUUAUUGUAUUCUCAUGACAAUAUCAUCUGUGGGAUCACUUCCGUAGCUUUCUCAAAAAGUGGGCGUCUCCUGUUAGCUGGCUAUGAUGACUUCAAUUGUAAUGUAUGGGACACACUCAAAGGAGAUCGUGCAGGUGUUCUUGCUGGUCAUGACAACCGUGUCAGCUGUUUAGGUGUAACUGAUGAUGGCAUGGCUGUGGCAACAGGGUCUUGGGACAGUUUUCUUAGAAUCUGGAAUUAACAAUACAUGCAAAUUUACCAUUCUCCACUGAUACCUGGAGAAAUCAGUACUACAGCCUAUAGCUGUGAAAAAGAAUUUACCUUAUAUUUGCAGGUGAAGAUUUUUCUAUUGAGAUUAUUAUAUACAAAAAAGCAGCUUUCAGUAAACUACAAAAUAAAAAAGGUGAAACCAAGGUAAAGGUGCUUGCUGAGAUCAGGACCAGUGUAUCGAUCUGAGGAGUUGAGCUCAUUCAACCUUGAUGAAUUCUUGCUUGUAUUGUCUAAUUCUUUAUUUUCUUUGUGUAGACAGAAAUGUACACAUUACAGCAACCUAUCAUGUUAGAAUGUAUGUUUGCAUUUUUUCAGAAUUACAUUUUUAAUUUUAUAUAGAAGUAUUGCAUUUUUGUGUUCUGUAGUGGAGGAACAGGCACAGUAAUACAUGGAAGUGAGACCAUACGUGUGUGUACUGAUGUUUAAAGAUCUCCUUAAACUCCGGCUUUCUUUUUGAUCUGAAAGAGAUCCUGGUUGCUUACUGUUUAAGAAUGUUGACAACAGGGACCUACUCUAUAGCUCAGUGUUAUGUGGCAGCCUGGAUGGAAGUUUGGGGGAGAAUGGAUACAUAUAUGUGUGGCUGAGUCCACUUUGCUGUUCGCCUGAAACUAUCACAACAUAAUUGGCUAUACCCCAAUACAAAACAAAAAGUUAAAAAAAAAAAAUGCUGUCAGACGUAGGUAUCGCUGAGGGGAGUCCAUGUGAGUAUCAAUAGUUUCUGCCUCAUACUCUGCCAUGUUAUUAAUUUAAGUAAGUGCUUAUGUUGAGUCCUUUAAAGGGGACAUAAUCUAAAGGCCAGGUAAUCUCACUCUGAAAUUUGAGACAUACUUAAGAAACUCGUAUUAUAUUAACAGGUAGAUAGCAGUAAUCACAUGAAUUGUUCUUAUUUUUUAAAGUUGGAUAUGAUCAAAUGAUACUUAGCAUUCUAAAUAGUUAGGCUUUCCUACUGAUUUCAUCUUCUAGAGCUGAGUUUGUAGGGUGCACUCUGAUGAACUUUUGGACUGUCUUUGCAUCUUAAGAAAAUUUCCCAGUGUUUCCAUCAGUAUGUAUCUAGGAAGGACACAUAGUGUGUGAUGGCAUUAUGAUUUUGAAAGAAGUAUAAAAUCUAACAAAUCUAUUUGUUACAUUGUAACACACAAUGUAAGGUUGCUUUAUGAAUUUAUGUUCAUAUAAAAACUGAACUGAUGUUAGCUCUGUGUCUUCAAAAAUUUAAAAAGUAAACAUUCAAGCUUUUUGAUCUUCUGUACCAUUUCCUCCCACUAGGACAAAAUACUGGUUUCUAAGUGGUUUUACUUCAAAGGAUACCUAGAUCAAAGUGAUCCCCACUUUAAAGCCAAAAGAAAAUUCCAAGAGCAGUUCUUAAAGGAGUCAGAGGAAAAUACUAAGCAAUUUCUCUGCUUGUCAGUGAUAUAAUGUGUUUAUUACUAGAAUGAGCCCCCUUAAAUUUAAACAAAGAUACUUUUCCUCUUGGAUUUUCUCUUACAAAUAAUCUAAAUGAUUGACAAUAGAAGAUUGUUAAGUCUUGCUUGAUAGUGAAGUCAUGGAGUUUUUCUAAUAUAGAGGUGCAUUGUGUUUUGUGACUUAGUAAACUGUGUCAGUUACUAUUGAGCUAGAUCUGUUAACUUUUGAUCACCUGUAAUCCUAAAUACUCCCAAAUUUUACUUGUAAAUUUCCAUUUAUAUAUGUGGAAUUUAUAUUCCACAUUUAUAUUGUGGAUGUGCUAAUAAGUACAUCAGCCAUAAGGAAGUAAAUGUUUUAAGAUACUAAAAAGAGAAUAGAAUGGAAAAAGGAAGAUCAAGAUAUAGGACCAAAAAAAAAAAAAAAAACCAGACUGCUGUAGACGGCAGGCAUGAAUGUAUAUUUAUAUACAUAUAACAGGAUUUCUGUGGACUUUUGAUGUUAAUGUUUGUGGACUAUUUAAGAAGUGAUAUAAAGAACAGCUCUUUGAGGUAAGGCAAGACAAUUUUAAAGGGACAGUCAUUUGCAAAAAUAGGAGUGAGGAUUACCAUGUAGUUCAGCAGUUUAUUCCAAAAUCCUGUUGAAGCAAGCACUUGUAGCCAUGUGCAAAAUUGCCUUAUAUAUAUGAAGAGUAUCUCCACCAGUUUGAAAAUGAUUCUAGUAACAAGAUAAUUUAGAGGCACACAGACUGUAAGAAUUAUGUUGUCUUAAACAUGUUAAUAAAAAUGAUUUAAUAUUAUUAAACUUUUUGUAGGUGGUUAAAAGGCAGUUAUCAUAAUUAAACAUGUACUAGGCAACACUAUCAUGGCUGAUUAUACAUAUGACCAAAUGGUGAUACCAUAUUAAUUAACUCACAGGUUAAAACUUUUGUUACCUAUUGAUAUGGGUCCCACUUGCUCAAUCUGUGUACUUGCAGUCUGAGUUCAUCUGAUUGUCUAUUUAAAACUUCCUGAAUUCAGUAUAUUUUGUAGAAGCACAGUAUAGCUUGAAUCUUAGUUUUUCCAAAUUAAAAAAAAGCCAAAUGUAGUUUUAAGGAAUUUGCAUCAAUAUUGCAGUUCUGGUGCCUGAUUUAUUUUCUUUUUACCUAAGAAACAUUUAAACAUAAUGUGCCUCAGUUGGAUUUAUUUGUAGAUUCUUGAAUCACUACAUAAAGAAUAGUUGAGAUAUGACAGUAUUUUAAAGGCAAAUAUUCUUUUCUAAAAUUGGGGUGAUGGCCUUGUGUUCAGCACAUCAACCCAUAAACCUUCUCAAAAAAGCACUUCAUGUUGCCAGCAAGGUCACUGCCUCCACUUCGAUGGACCGGCCUCAUUUUUGGCAGCCGUGCUACUAGAGAUUUAGACUAACUAUCCAGGUUUCUUCCCUAGCUCAAAUUUUUAAAGUUGUGAAUCCAUGGUUACAACAGCAUAUUGAGUUCCAUCUUCAGAGAAGCAAAGAUUUAGGCUUAAUAUCUCAAGAGAUACUUAAGUAUCAAGAGAUACUUCUUAAUUCUGCAAGAGGGCUUACCUGGUAGGCAGUCUCCUUGUUUUAAUUUAGACUCAUCUGAACUGAUUAAUACUGCAUGAUGAUAGUAAACUAGUCUCUCAGACAUAACAGAGGUAGGUGCUUCUGGAAUAUGUUAAGUAAUUUUAAAGUUAACCUAUUGAAAGAGAAAUAAACCUUGGCUUCUUCAGGUGACAAAAUGAAAUUUUUGAAGUUGCUAAAAAAAAUACUGUGUUAAUAUUAUAUAACUAACCUUCUUCAACACUUUUGACGUUUUAGAUUUAGAAGUAAAUUUAGAUUCUGUUUUAAAAAUGAAGAUGUUCAGGGAAAUUUAUGCUUAUUGGUGAGUGUCUCACAGUUUAUAACAGUCGAAUACUUGCAGCUUACCUCUUGAUGUGUUUAAAUGUAAUGGAAACUGAUUAAACAAUCUCCCAAAUGGGCCUAUGAUUUUAGUAAUAAACAGGUUCUUUCUAAAAUCUUUAGGGUGUGAGUUAGGCUUAAAAACAUUUUGAAAUUAUGUUCAGUUUCUAAUUUCCCUUUUGCCAUUGUGGAAAGCAAAAUUUUAAACUAUUUCUUACCUUGUUAGAAUUUUGAAAACACCCACCAGUCAGACUAUCUUGUGAGAAAUGGUAGCACAGUGGAUAAUAUUGGUAUUUUAAAUUAGAUUAAAUACAGUGUGAUGCACCCUUCAUAUUUACUGCUUCUUCUCCCAUUGUUCAUUGUAAGUUGCCUUAAAUUCAGUGCUAUAUUUAAAAGUAUUGAUUAUAAUAGGUACUCAAUAAAAUGGUCUGUAGUUGAAUGUCUAAGCUAGCAUUGUUUUAAAAAGUAAUUUAUUAAUCAGAAUGAUGGUACAACUUGUGUUUAGCAAAUUUGUUUGCAUGUUGAUAAAAUUUCCUAAGUCUUUUUUCUUAAAACCAGUUAUUGAGCCUAUAAAAUAGUUGACUAAUGCAGCAUAUGGAAAAACUGGUUAAAUGUUUCAAUUGAUGUUAAGUGUGCCCGACAAAAUCUUACAUCAUACAGUAUUUUUUAAUUAAUAGAACUUCAGUGAUAUACUUGGUAGAUAUUUCAAGCCUUUUCUGCCUCUUACACAAUGGUGCUCUAUCCUAUUGUUUUCUCUUCUCAAAGAAGCAUCUGAACACUUGUAUUUGCAUAUUCUUAUCCAAAGGCAUUCAUAUCUAAAUGGGUUUUUUUAAGUUGAUUAAAAUGUUUUUCUUCACCUAGCGUGGUUUCUACAACACUUGUGGCCAACUGAACCUGAAUGUCAGUAGUCUGUGGGAAAGGUGAAUGUAUUAGAUUAAAGCUCUUAGAAAAAAGCUUUAAACCAAACUAUGGACUUGUAUCACGACUUAACAGUAUUCUUGAAUCAUUCUUGCAGUAAUUCAUUCCUUUAUUUGUAUAGUAGCUCUGUGAAAUAAUGUUGCUGUGAACUGAUAUUGUAAUCAAUAAAGUGCUUUUAACCAGA